AUGCCUUGUUGAUGCCACAAAAUGGCCAGCAGACGCACUCUAAAAGCCGUCCUCAUUGACCUUAGUGGAACUUUGCACAUAGAAGACACAGCAGUGCCUGGGGCACAGGAUGCUCUCUCCAGAUUACGGCAGGCAUCUGUUGCCAUCAAGUUUGUUACUAACACAACCAAAGAGAGUAAGAAGAACUUGCUGGAAAGGCUGCAAAGGCUCAAAUUUGACGUCCAGGAAAAAGAAAUCUUCACAUCCCUGAGCGCUGCAAGGAGUCUUUUAGAAAAGACCAAACACAGACCAUUGCUCCUGGUGGAGGAAAGUGCACUGGAAGAUUUUAAAGGUAUUGACACUUCAGAACCGAACGCUGUUGUCAUCGGACUCGCACCUGAUCACUUCAACUACCAAACUAUGAACAAGGCCUUCAGACUGAUUCUAGAUGGCGCUCCUCUCUUUGCUAUCCAUAAGGCUCGCUACUACAAAAGGAAAGAUGGUUUGGCACUUGGCCCUGGGCCCUUUGUAACCGGACUGGAGUAUGCCACAGACUGUAAAGCUACUGUUGUAGGAAAGCCUGAAAAGACAUUUUUCACUCAGGCUCUGGCUGAUUUAGGAUGUAGUCCAGAUGAAGCAGUCAUGAUAGGAGAUGAUGCCAGAGAUGAUGUGGGAGGUGCUCAGAGUGCAGGAAUAUUGGGGAUUCUGGUCCAAACCGGUAAAUACAGACAAGGAGAUGAGGAUAAAAUAACUCCUCCUCCUCACCUGACGUGCAACACUUUUCCAGAUGCUGUUGAACACAUUCUUAAGAACCUACUAUAA